AUGUAUCUGCCACGCCCACCACCGGCGGUGGAGAGGGGCGGGGGGACCCACACCCUCCGCUCCCUGCUGAGGCGGGUGUGGCAGGGUGGCGAGGAAUUGGGCUCCUCCACCCGGCGCCUGGAGGUGUCCUUCAGCACAGGCCAGCCACAGGCCGGGCACCUGGAGGCGAUGCCUUCCCAGGAAGGCAUGAUCAACCAGGGCCCGGGCCCUGGUCCGCUGAGGGAUGAACCCCUUCCUGCUGGGGCUCCAUCAGUCUCUGCCCUGCCCGGCGCCCUUCCGGCCCCCAGCGACGAUGCCAACCUGGCCGACGAGGCGGAGCACCACCGCCUGUCCACCUCCAUCGGCCUGGACCUGGCAGACCUGGGGGGCGGGGUGGAGAUCAACGCGCCCUACCUCGCCCUCAUGCUCCUCAUCUUCGCCUGGCGCAGCGCCGCCGUGCUGGCGCUCUGGGCCGGCCUCACCGCGCUCCUGCGCCGCCUGAACCGCGCCGCCACCGCGGCCCUGACGGACAAGGGCGCGGCGGACGCGCGCGCGCUGCUGGGCCGGGGCCUGGCGGCCGUGCUGGCGGCCGCCGUCUGUGCCGCCUACCUGCUGAGGCCGGCGGGGCGGCUGGAGGCGGCGCGCCGGGGCUUCUGGGCCACGCUCCUGCUGGUCGUGGCGGCCGACACCUGCUUUCGCAUCCUGGUGGCAGCAGCAAAGGAGGUGGCGGAGGCGGGGAGCGUGUGCCCGAUCUGCCAGGAGCCGCCCACCCUCCCCGUGAAGCUGCCGUGCAGCCACAUCUUCUGCGACGCCUGCGUGGCAGAGUGGUUUGAGCGGGAGCGGAGCUGUCCCAUGUGCCGAGCCGUGACGGGGGAGACCAGAGUCAAAUCCUGCAGCGAUGGCCAGACGAGCCUCAUGCCCCUCCUGUUUUAG